AUGAAAUCCCUACGUAAAUCGCUCAACGGAAACCGAGAUACUCACCGCCUUGAAAUCUCUACCCCUCUCCCCUUACCCUCUAUAUCUAAACCUCAGAACUCUUCUCUUCCUCCUCAAAAAGUAAUUCGUGCAAUCGCAUCAUAUAGGCCAGAGGGUCCUCAGCAGCUUCCUUUUCAAAAGGGAGACUUUUUCUAUGUCACAGGAAAUAUAGAAACUCAGGGGGAUUGGUAUGAGGCACAUAAUCCCGUUACCGGUGCUAGAGGUUUAGUCCCAAAAUCUAUGUUCGAAGAGUUUUGCAAGAGCCCAGCUAUACGCACUUCUCAUAUCAGCGUCGCCGUAAAUAGUCCAACCAUCCCUACUAGUCCAACUUCACCUCCGAGGUCCCCAAAAACACCUGCAUUCUUCGCCAUAGUUCUUCAUGACUUCAUUGCGGAACGUGCGGACGAACUUGACGCAAAGUCCGGUGAUUGCAUAACCGUAGUUGCCCAGUCAAACCGCGAAUGGUUUGUUGCCAAACCCAUUGGCCGACUUGGUCGGCCAGGUUUGAUCCCCGCUUCUUUUGUGGAAGUCCGUAACCCUGCAACAAAUCGCCCAAUAGAGAAUGUCGACGCUCUGAUCGACAGUGGAGAACUACCAGGUGUGGAAGAAUGGAAGAAGGCCGUAUUCAACUAUAAAGCAAAUAGCAUAUCACUCGGCGUCAUAGAAGAACCAUCCAAUAAUUCAUACUCUCAGCAACGUUCCAGCACCCAGCAGGAAUCUGCCCCACCUCCCCGUGCUCCCUCCCCCGUAUUUUUACCUGAGGGCAUCCUAUUAUCUGCCGACGUCGUCUCAUUCCACUAUGAAAUGGACGAGUACUGGUUCCGCACAGACGCCAUCUACCAACCUUAUGACCCACACGAUCCGCACGUUCUUCCAAAAGCCAAGCAACUCGUCCUAUUCCGAGUGUAUAAUGACUUCUUCGAUUUCCAAGUGAACCUCUUGCAGGCCUUCCCUCGCGAAGCUGGCAGAGAACCGGACUCUAUCCGGAUACUUCCAUUCAUGCCUGGUCCCGCGGAAAAUGUCGAUGACGAGGUCACUGCUGCCCGACGGGAAGAACUUGACGAGUAUCUCCACAAGCUGUGUGCCCUAAAUAUGGCUGGCACAAGCUAUGUCCUUGAACAUCAGCUCGUGCGGGAAUUUUUAUCGCUGAAACCUGGAGACGUGGAACACGAUAUUGACCCCCGAUAUGACGAGGUCAGGGCACUCUUUGCCGAAGAAGCCACAGCAGAACAACAGCAUGCACCUGUGACACAGGAAUUUGAGGAGGAGGUUCGCGAUACGCUUGGGGAGAUGAAACUUUCGGACAGAGACGAUCGAAGCGAAGGCUCGGACUAUGGAGAGGACCACACGCCCCCUACUCACAUUACAUCUCGUGACUCACAAUCCAGCGCAACCCCUCGGGCUCAUCGACAGCCUAAUUCAGUGACAUCACAUCAUCGCGCGGGGUCCCGGUCCAAACAAAAUGGAGGCUCUUCUCCUUCAUAUCCACAUGUUGACACUUCUCGUGCAAGCGCCUACUCUCGAACAUCCUUUGCUUCAAACUCCGCUUGGCCAGAACACGCCGCUUCAUCACCAUCAUCUCCCAGUUCAUCACAGCCAUCUAUCGCUAUGUCUUCCCGAUCUCGUUCCUUAUCAAACGCCACUAAUAUGAAUGCGCCUCCAAUGUCCGCGGGCAACCCCCAGACAGCCUUCGUCAAGAUCAAGAUAUUUGAUCGCGUCACUGAUGACCUGAUCGCCAUUCGUGUACAUCCUCGUGUGACACACGCUGAACUGCUGGAAAAGGUCCAAGCUCGAUUAGGUGGCAACGUUCUUAAUCUUCGAUAUCGCAAUAGUAUCAGCAACGAGUUCAUCGGCAUCGACGACGACAGAGAUUUGCGAGAGUGGUUGGAUAGCACGGAGAAGCACGUUUUGUACGCUGAAUGA